AAUAAGACUGCUUAUCAAAAUAUGUAUCGCUCUACUGGUCUCUCACCAAAAGAAAAAAGCUAUAUAAUAUGCAGCUGCCAAAGUAGGUCCACUAGAUAUAUAAAACUCAAAACCCAUGCAUCUAAUGCUAUUAAAGAAAACAAAAUAUUUUCUAUUUACGGAAGUUGUAACGCAGUACGCAAUGCAUUGUUAGAAAGAGGAUGGGUAGAAAAAAUUCAACCGUAUAGAAUGAAUUUGUCUAAAAUACGGAAUGGAACGUUUUCGAAUCAGCCUCAAAUUCAUAGAGAACUAGAAAAAUUGCUUCUAUCGAAUUUAAUAGAAAAAUAUAAUCCAAAUUUUAUAUGGCGAACAAAAGAUGAACCUUGUGAUACUACUAUAGAUAUGACAAAUGGCUGCAAUACAAUUGUCAAUAAAUUAAAAAUUGACGCUUUGUGGACUACUAAACAAGGUCUUUGUUCUUCCAUGAAAAGAAAUUAUUGGUUUUACGUUGAAGACGUCGCUGAAGUUAAUGGUCCGAGAACAUACAAUAGCUACGAAGUUGGUGAAAUGGAAGGAUUUAUCAAAGACUACAAAAUUACUGCAUGCACUAGCUUAUUAAAAUGGAUACUCUCAAUGAUUGCUAACGAGAGACCAAUAUUUAUUAAUUCGGGGAAAAUUUCCAUUAACGUUGUCGUAUUUGCGUUAAAUAGAUGCAAAGAAUAUUUAUUCCGAAAGCAAAAUAAAGAUAUAGACCAUGCGUUGACCACUGUCGGUACAAGACACUGGAAUGCAUUCUUAAAAAAAUAUUACCGCAUAAUUGCUAAAGAUGAUGUUUUCCAAGCAGACAGUGAAAAUAAACUGCCGCUCUAUUUGGGAUACGCAAAUUUUUUACUCAAGGAAAUUUAUAAAUAUCGACCGCAGCUGAAUUGUGAAGGUUGUCAUAAUAUUUGGAUCAUAAAGCCAGCACACUGCUCAAGAGGUAGAGGUAUAAGAAUGGCUUCCAAAUUAGGGGUUAUUACAAACUUAUUGAAUAAAGCUAAUGCUAAACAUGUAAUCCAAAAAUAUAUCGAAGAGCCUUUACUGAUUUACGAUACAAAAUUUGAUAUCAGACAAUAUUACCUCGUAACAAGCACUUAUCCUUUAAUAAUAUGGAUGUACACAGAUUGCUAUCUAAAGUUUAGUUCCCAAAAAUACAGUCUAAAAAAUUAUCACGAAUCGAUACAUCUAACAAAUAACGCAGUCCAAAGAAAAUACAAAAAUUGUGUUGGAAGACAUUUCGAUCUUCCCCAGAGUAAUAUGUGGGAUUUGGAAAAAUAUAAGGAAUAUUUAAAUAAAUGUGGUAAAAGUAAAGUAUGGGAUAACAUAAUAUAUCCAGGUAUGAAGAAGUCAAUUGUUGCUAUUAUGCUUAGCUGUCAAGAUUCUUUAUCAAUCAGUAAGAAUCGUUUUGAACUAUAUGGAUGCGAUUUCAUCCUCGACAAGGAAUAUAAGCCAUGGCUAAUCGAGAUCAAUUCAUGUCCGGAUCUAAAUCUUACAACUCAAGUUACAGCAAAAAUAUGUCCUGCUGUUGUUUCCGAUAUCAUAAAAGUGGUCAUUGAUUAUGCUGGAAAUCCCAAAUCGUCAACUGGAAAAUUUGAGUGUAUAUAUCGCCAACCUAUGACUAUACCGCGGUAUGGAAGUGCUGCUGAUUUGUUUGUACGGGGUUAUGGAUUACCAUUAGAAUAUUUCUAUAAGGGCCAUAUAGAAAUAAAUGAGAUAUUUGAAAACUCCGACAUUGGAAAAGAUCAAGACUUUAAAGCUGUACUUAUUAAAUUAAAGCAACGCUAUGAUACUAAUAUAAUUGUGGAACCCGAAGACGAAUAUGAUUCGAGCUAAAAAUUACAACAAGAAACAAGCAUUCACAAUACGCAAUCUGAAAAUGAACUGUAUGUAGCUGCAAAUGUAAUGACUGAACAAUUAGAUGAACUGAUGGAUAGGAUCACUUUAGAAAAUAGUGCCAGUUCAAAAUCAGGUCAAAAGAUUAUGUCAUCUCAUUUCUAUAAGAAAUCUUUAAGUCCUCUUCAAAGUGCUAAGACUGUUACUGAUAUAAAUUCAUUACUACGAAAAUCAAUUAGUCGUUUUGCUUCAGUCGAACCUAUCGAUCUAAAGAAAUUUAGUUUCAGCAAAUUAGAUGAUGGCUCACUGGGCAAAGCAAGUUAUUGCGAAUUAAAUCCAAUCAAAACAGUAUUUGACAAUGUUUCAUCUAAAAUGACAAGUAUGAAUACUUAUUCGAUUUCGCAGUCAAACAAAAGGGUUAAUAAAGCACAAAAAUCAGAAUAUGAUGUGAAUCAACCGGCUUACAAAAUUGUUUCUUUUAUAAAUAAAAAAGAAAGGGAAUAUUGCAGUGAACUCCUAAUUAGAGACAAAAGAUUUUAUUAAAGUAUUACGUACAAUGAA